GUGAACUUACCAAGUUAUCAACUGGUUCAACCCUGAUCUGCGCCAUGGAGAGUGAAAUUCUGCUGGGUUGCGCUUUGACGAGCUCGGUAGGCUUCCUCCUCUUUGCACCACUGAAUCAGCACCGCAGAUGGCGUCAGGGCGCGGGGAAAGACGACCCCAGGGACUUCUUCCUGGACACGGCCUUGGUGAAGAUCGAGAACACCGAGUUGGGUCCGUUCCUGAUCUCCAUGACCCUUCAAGGGCUGCUGUACCCUUCGGCAAUUUUUUUGGCCUGGGGAAACUGGAGCGAAACGACGCCCUUUUUGGACACCAAAGGCAGCGUUUUCAAGGCAGGGGAUCCCUUUGGUGUUCGCGUGUUCCUCUAUGCUUUCUUUGGAUAUCUCAUGAACGAUCUGCCUCUCUGCUGGUCGAAUCCGCUCUUUCGCUUGCACCAUCUCGUUUGCUUGGUGGGGAUCAUGAUGACCCUGCUGACGCCUGAGUGCGGUGUACCCUUCACCACGGGCAUCUUUUGGAUGGAAAUCGGAAGUCUCCUGUACAACGCCUGGCUGAUCGAUGAGACGAUGCAAAACCUUCGCAGGCACUUCCCCUGGUGGCCCACCUCGCAAAAAGCCAUCAACGUGGCGUACAAAGUUGGGAUGACGGCAUCCAACGUGGUUGGAACCUACCGGAUGCUACAAAUGGUCUUGGUGAACUUCACUGAUCAUCUGGGAUUCAGCAUCUUUUUCUUCGUCACCGGCGCUCCCUUACUGAUCUUUCGACAGAAGGAGGUCCAUACAGCGGAAAAACCUGCCAGUGGCGUGCCGGAGAAAACCGCCUGAGAAUCUGGGUGUGAAGCCUUGAACAUUUCGACUGGAAUGGUUUCUCUGUUCAACAAGUGUGUUUAUGAACACUGUUUGGCCAGUCUUGUUUUCGGGAUCUGAAAAUGUGUGAUCCCCGUUACCGCGUGAAUCCAAGUGGUCAAAUCUGGCCACAGUGCUGACAUUGCUGACAUUGAACUGCACCAAUUGCUUUCGAUUGUUUUCCCAGAGUGGAAAAGACGUGG